GCUGCUUCUUCUCCCCGGCCUCUCUCUCUCUCUCUCUCUCUCUCUCUCUCUCCUAGCCGGAUUCGAGUUCAACUUCCAGCCCUUUAACUCGUCUCUGAUCGAAAAUGCUAGGUCGUCUGGCUGCCAAUCGUCUAGCUGGAAUCCGUCAAAGUUUCCGUCAGACUUCGCGAUGCUUCUCCACUGCCCUUAACUAUCAUAUUGAUACCCCGGAUAACAAUCCUGAUCUGCCAUGGGAAUUCUCCGAGCCCAACAAAAAAAAGGCUGCAGAGAUAAUGUCCCACUAUCCCUCCAACUAUAAGCAAUCUGCAGUCAUUCCUUUGUUAGAUCUUGCACAACAGCAGCAUGGAGGAUGGCUUCCUGUUUCUGCAAUGAAUGCAGUUGCUAAGGUUAUUGAGGUUGCUCCUGUCCGUGUAUAUGAGGUUGCAACAUUUUAUUCAAUGUUCAAUCGAGCCAAGGUGGGCAAGUAUCACUUAUUAGUUUGUGGCACUACUCCAUGUAUGAUUCGUGGCUCUCGAGAAAUUGAAGAUGCUUUAUUGAAACACUUGGGAGUGAAACGCAACGAAGUAACAAAGGAUGGUCUGUUCUCUGUUGGAGAAAUGGAAUGCAUGGGAUGUUGUGUUAACGCCCCAAUGAUUACAGUCGCCGAUUACUCUAAUGGAUCUGAAGGAUACUCAUACAAUUACUAUGAAGAUGUCACUCCCAAACGGGUCGUUGAGAUAGUAGAGAUGUUGAGAAGAGGGGAGAAACCACCGCACGGAACACAAAACCCAGGUCGCAUAAGGUGCGGACCAGAAGGAGGAAACACAACCCUGCUAGGCGACCCAAAACCGCCUCCAUGCCGAGACCUCGACGCUUGCUAAAAACGCCUCCAUGUACUUUCUCCAAUAAUUCAAAUCUGGGAUGUAGUCAAUCAUCAAGCUUUGGUAGAUUGUUGGUUAUAAUUAUUUCUUCAAAUUCUGAACUGCCCACCCCCAUCAGAAAAAAUAAUGAUUCUACUUUACUCCCGGAAUGGAUUCCGAUGGAUUUUUUCAAUAACACAAUGCCUUCUUGUUCUGUUGUCUAAGCUUUUUGAACUUAUGUACAAGCUACAGACGACUUGAGCAAUGACCUCAUUAUGUAAUUGUGUUACUUUUCCUGU